AUUGCCGCGAUAACACGUGGUACGAGUCAGCUUUCACCGACGGUAAGGUAUAAAUAAGCGCGGCCGUCUGUUGUUAAGUUAUCACUCUCACUUCGUUGUGUCUACCGUGCCGGCGUUGUAACCACUCAGCCUUCGACCAAGAUGCUGUCCUUCGUCCUCGUUCUUCUGGGCGUGAGCGCCUGUUUCGCCGGAGACGUCCUUUUGGGCGGGGCUGGCUACGGCGCAGGUGCUGGCUUGGGCACCGGCCUGGGAGUCGGUGGAGUAUAUCCCGUGGGUGGUGGCUUUGGCGCCGGCUACAACCAGCAGGCUGGCGCAUCGCAGGGUGGAUUCAGCGCCGGGGCAUCGGGGUACAACCAGGGAAGCGGAGCAUUCGACAAGGGUAAUGCUUACAAGAACGUCCAGGGAUACAGUAACCAGGCUGGCCACCGCAACAGCCAGGGCUUCUCUGAGUCCUCGAGCAACCGUUACGGUAGCGGUUUCGGUCAGGGCAGUGCUGGCUUCAACCAGGGUGCGUCCGGUGCCCAGGGAUCUUUCGGAAAGCAGGGAUACGGCAGCAGUGGCUUCGGCGGCUACAGCGGCUAAGCUUUUAUAACGUCAAGGUUUCAACAUCAGCCCACCAACCCAAGUGAACAAACUAGUCUCGGGCAGAGAAGACACUGCUAAUGUAUGAAAGAACCCCUGGUUAAACAGGAUCGACGACGACUGUAAAUGUUAUGUAGGCAGAAUAUGAAAAAUAAAUUUUAUUCACAGUUGGUCCACUUU